AUGUCCGAAGCGGGGAAAAAACCAGACGAAGCGGUAAAAUGGUCCGAAAAUUUGAACAAUUAUGUCAUCAAAUAUUUGAUUAUCAUGUCAAAGUAAGUCGGGUGGGUAAAAUACGGCGUGUUCUCUGUGAACGACAAUUUUUUGUUUUUAGAUACAGAACGGUGUUCCAGGGCAUGUUUGGUGAAGAAAAGGUGGUGAUCAAGGUGUCGAGACUCACUAAAAGACCGACGGACAAGAUUGUAAGUUAAUUUUAUUAUUUUUUUAUUUUUUAGUACCUCCAGCGUGAACUUGAAUUCCUCCGCUCGGCCAAUCACCCGAAUAUCCGAGAUUUCUGCCCAAUCAAGGAGCCUUCUUUGGCUGAGACUCAUAGUUUUUAUGCUUCUACCCAUGCUUACGAACUCCCGGUUCUGUUGGACCUCCGGCGCGAAGAAAUCGGCAAAAAAGAUGAUUCGGAUUCAGAUGAAGUUGAACUUCCAUUGAGUGAGAAGUGUGUUCAACAGAUGGCAAACCAGGUGAGUAUCGAUCGGAAUUUUGAUAAAUCAAAAAAAAUUGAAUUUUUUAAAAAUUUUGAAGCGAAAUGCAUCAAAAAGUAUCCAAAAAAAAUUUGGCGUAAAAAUAAAAAAAGUAUUUUUUAAAUGUUUUAACGGUUCUAUAAACCGAUCAUAAAAAAAUUCAGAUCAUUUCCGGCCUGUCCUACCUCCAUAAACAAGGAUUUUUGCACAGCAGAUUGAGAAAGGACUACAUCACGCUGAGUGAAGAUGGGACCGUGAAAUUGAUCGGAUUUGCAAGAAUGGCCUUGAUUGAUGAGGACGACGACCAAGUGGAUAUCAGAAAUGGGUUCACUGGAGAAACCUAUGAGAUCGAGGAUGAAAGUUUGUAAGUUUUGAGCCGAGAUUUUGUGUUUGGGCAGAAUGCCAAAAAUGGCGGGAAAAUAGAAAUUUGAAAAUUCAUGCGAGAGAAGAAGUGGAAAUCCAAAAUGUAGCAUUGUUGAGCUCUGUAGACGUUUUUUUCUUGUUUUUCUUCAAUAUUUACAACUUUUUGUCGCUUGCAACAGAAUGCCAAAAGCCAGAAAUUUUCAAAUUGUCCCAUUUUCAAUUCAAUCUUUUCAGCUUUUUGGGUCUUUUAUGUGUCGAACUGCUUCUGGAUGAGAGUCCGUUUGAUCCGGACGUCCUUUUUGGCCGCCCCACCAGCAGACGUCUCCGUCAAUAUCAACAAGAGUAUAAAGCAAUGAAAAAAAGAGUAAGUUUAGAGUCGAAAAUGAAACUGGAGCAACGGUAGGCGUAUUUUGAAAACAUUACAGACAUUUUUUGCAGUAUUUUUACCUCGGUUUGACAUUUUUUGAAAGUUGAAACACUAUGCCAAGAAUUUAAAAAUGGCGGGAAAUUUGAAUUUUUUCCAAAAUUAAGUUGGUGGAUGUUUUGAAUUAACAUUUUUCAGCGAAUUUUCUCCCUGCCAGCCAUUUUUCCCGAUGGCGAUCCGGAUAAAAUGGAAAAAUUGGAGAGAAAUUUGUCGUUGGAGGGCCGCAGCUUCCUGGAAAAGACAAUUUUUUCAUCGAAGGACUCACGGCCGACCUGCGAACAACUAAAAGAGCACGCUUGGAUUAAAGGAAAGGACGGUGUGGACGUGAUUGUGGACGAAUUAGUCCAUCGAGGUGCCACGGAAAGGGCGGAUUACAUUUUGAGACGGGAGAAUGCGGUAAUGUGGUUUGAAUCGAUGAAAUUGGGCAAUGGCCGCAUUCUCAUUUCGAUUCUGGGAUCAAUCUACUCGAAACCGAGUUCUGUAAGUCUUGGGUUUUAGUAUAAAAUUGAGAUUUUUUGAAUUUUUUUGGUGGGUAAUUGAGUAAUGAGGCUUGUUUUGAUAAAAUUUAUGAUGGAGAGUGGGUAUUUUUGUUAUUUUUUAUUGAUUAUUUUGUCAUUUUAGCAUUUAUACCUCCCAUUCACGGCUCCAAUGCCAAUGGAACACAAUAUGGCGGAAGUCCGGCAAAUCGUCGAAUAUAACUUACUUCAGAUGCUGGGAUUGGCCAUAACGUAGGUUGUUUUUGGUGGAUUUUGUCGACGAAUUCAAUUUUUUAUCGAUGGAUUUGUCGAUGGAAUUGAAUUUUAUAGAAAAUUUUUUGCCGUUAGGUCUUUUUGGAGGAUUUUGAAGAAUUUCCAUCGAUGAUAUUUGUACCGUUUGUUGAUGAAAUUUCUUUCUUUGAUGAAAAGUCUCCAACAUGUACAGUGGCGGGCCUGGUCCAGUUGCAAAAAACGUACCAUUUUGAUUCCGGGAUGUAUCAAAAAUGUGGCAAAAUACCUCCCUCUCCAAAUAAAAAACUCUGAUUUCAAAAGCUUUUUGUAAGGAAAGGAACUUCAAAGCGGAGUUUUUUCAGUUGGAGAGGGAGGCAUUUUGCUACAUUUUGAUACUUCCCGGAUGCAAAAUGGUACGUUUUUCGCCACUGGAUCAGGUCCGUCACUGUAAAUGUUGGAGACUUUUCAUCGACAAAAAAAAAUUUCAUCAACAAAUUUCGUAGAUGAAAUUUUUCAAAAUCCUCCAAAAAGACCUAACGGCAAAAAAUUUUUUAUAAAAUUCAAAAUUUCAUCGACAAAUUAAUCGAUUAAAAAUUGAAUCCAUCAACAAAUUGUACAGAUUUCAUCAAUGAGAAGUCACCAAAAGAAUUUAAUUUUCAGCAACGUCCAGUUUUUCCACCUUGUCGAAAAAAUCAUGGAGAAGAUGGACAUUGUCUCCCGCGUCCCCUACGUCGUCCUCAGAGAGGUUAUCGGUUUCCCAACGGGCGACAAGACCGAUGUAGUCAACGGCUUGACGGACUGUGUUAUGGUUUUUGUGACCAAGGACAAGUACGAAUUCCAUCAAUUCCUGAAGACCAACUGGCCCAAGGUCUAUCGCCUCUACAGCGACAAGUUUUAUGGGCAUGAAAGUAUGGCCACCGACAUUGAGCACUUGAAUAAGGCGUUUCCAAGGUAUGACUCGCUGCCCACUCGAAUUGCGAAGUCGGAAGAGAAGGUUGAGACGGCAGCUGGUGAGUUGAUGUGGUUGGAGAAGGUUUAAUUGGAUUUUUGGCCUUACAAGGAAAGCACUUAUAUGGGGUGUGGAGUUACAGGUCGAGACAUAUAUCAAAAAAAUCACAAAUUUUUUCUGAUUCAGAAUGUGUAAAAAUUAGCUGCCUAAUUUUGGUCUGUGAGGGAGAAAAAACCUUUAGAACCUUUCUCGCGACACCACGAAGAUGUCUUCCUGACCAAGUUUUUGCCAAAUCAAAGGCUUUGUUUUGAGUUAAAGUAAACCGUGGCAUCUUGACAAGCUUUAAAAUAUCAAAUUUUAUUAAGACUACACCUUAGUAGUUCCAAAAAUAUCAAAAAAUUCGUAAAAUUUUUCUGAUUCAGAAUGUAAAAUUUUUUACAUUGGAACUACUAAUUAAGGUGUUGUAUUAAUUAAACUUGAUAUUUUAAGGCUUGUCAAGAUGCCAGGGUUCACUUUAGCUCAAAACAAACCUUUUGAAUUCGUAAAAACUUGGUCAAAAAGGCAUUUUCGUGGCGUUGCGAGAAAAGUUCUGAUGACUUUUUUCACCCUUACAAACCAAAAUUAGGCAGUUAAUUUUUACAUAUUCUGAAUCAGAAAAAUUUUGCGAUUUCUUUGGUAUAUGUCUCGACCUGUAACUCCUUACCCCAUAGAAGUCUUUCCUUGUUUAACAAACUUCAUUAUCUAACCUUAUAACAUCCAAUUUUCAGCAGUUCAAGUUGCUGAUGGAGCGGAGAACGCAUCGGAAAGCAAAUCAGCAUCGAUCAUCCAGCCACUGUCCGAUCCACCAACCAAUUCGGCCGCAAACACUCCAAGAACUUCAACGUCCAGUUGCUCAACCGCCAACGGAUUCGAUAUCCCGUUUGCGAAUUCGGGAUCUUCUGACGAUGCUAAACGAGCUCGCUCGACGACUCCACCAACGGCCUCAUUGGAGAAUCUGGCAGCCAGUUCGACGAAUUCAUCGACAAAUCCACCAAGAAGCUCGACUUCAUCGACGAAUUCGUCGGUGAAUUGCCCAUCGUAUAUCCAACCAUUACCUGCGCCAGCUGAGAGUCAAGCAAAGACUCCGAAAGCCGAUAUUUCGUCAACGAGUUCGAAAGGUUCGAGAAGCUCCAAAAGCUCCGGUCGAUGGAAGUUUAUUCCCAGCCCCUUGGAGGAUCUGGCCCGAUCAGUGGGCAGCAAAAUCGGCAAAGGAUUGGAGAGAUUGAGAAGGGACUCAAGUCAAAGCGAUAAUUGA